CUCCGCUCCUCUCGUUUAUUAUCCACAACCCCAAAAAAAUCAAUCACUUGUUAUACAAACAACGACAUGUCAAGAAGAAGAAAAAAAAAAAAAUCAAAUUAGGUCUUAAAGUUUUUUUUGUUUUUCUCUGAUUUAACUUACUUCGGUCUCUUCCCCUGUAAUGGCGCUUCCACACAUAGUCUCUUCACCAUCUUCAACUUCACUAUCUCCAUCUCCUUCCUUCAAAUCCAAGCCACCGUAUCAUCACUCCUCCUCCUUCAACCCUAGAUUUUUAUCGCCGUUACGGAAUGAUAGUUAUCGCCGGCGUUGUAAGCGCUUCCGAUGUUCAUCUUCUUCUUUCUCCGAGAAGCAUCACAACAACGCGAAAUCUCCAAAAUCCGAUGACAUCGUCGAGCUACCUCUCUUCCCACUCCCGCUCGUUCUCUUCCCCGGAGCAAUCCUCCCUCUUCAGAUCUUCGAGUUCCGUUACCGUAUCAUGAUGCACACUCUCCUCCAAUCCGAUCUCAAGUUCGGCAUCGUUUACUCCGACUCCGUCUCCGGAUCCGCCGCUGAAGUCGGUUGCGUCGGCGAAGUCGUGAAACACGAGCGACUCGUCGAUGAUCGGUUCUUUUUGAUCUGCAAAGGACAAGAGCGGUUCCGAGUCACGAAUCUUGUCCGUACGAAACCUUACCUAGUCGGGGAAGUGACGUGGCUUGAAGAUCGUCCUUCAGGUGAAGAGAAUCUUGAUUCGUUGGCGAACGAGGUCGAAGUUCUGAUGAAAGAAGUGAUUAGGUUAUCGAAUAGAUUGAAUGGGAAGGCUGAGAAGGAAGUGCAAGAUCUGAGGAGGAAUCAGUUUCCGACGCCGUUCUCGUUCUUCGUCGGAAGUACGUUUGAAGGAGCUCCUAGAGAGCAGCAAGCGUUGCUUGAGCUUGAAGAUACUGCCGCUAGGUUAAAGAGAGAAAGAGAGACGUUGAGGAAUACACUUAAUUACUUGAGUGCAGCUUCUGCUGUCAAAGAUGUGUUUCCUUCCUCGUCCUAAUUAAUCAGUGUGUGUGUGUUCUUACCAACUCUGGUACAUAAAAAGUCUGAAUCACUCUCUCUUUCUGCGUUUGCUGUAUUGACGUUUGUCAGUAAUUGAAUAUACGAAAUUUAUGAAAACUGCAAAGUUCGUAAAGUGUAAGUAAUGUGUUGUAAAUUAUAGUGAUAUUGUAUUAGAUGUUUGGGAAAUUGAAAAGAUUUAGCUGAAUUGAGUACAAAAGUGUUGUGCUCUU